AUUUCCCAACACUACGUCAAACGUCAUUUCCGACGCAGAGGCAAAAAAUCUUUUUUUCGCCGCGUGUGAGGCCUCUCUUCCUCUACCGCCAUCAUGGGUCGCAUGCACGCUCCCGGAAAGGGUUUGUCCCAGUCAGCUCUGCCUUACAGGCGCAGUGUCCCCACUUGGCUGAAACUCACAUCUGAUGAUGUAAAAGAGCAGAUUUUCAAGCUGGCCAAAAAGGGUCUUACUCCCUCUCAGAUCGGUGUGAUUCUGAGGGAUUCCCAUGGCGUUGCCCAGGUGCGCUUUGUCACUGGCAACAAGAUCUUGAGGAUCCUCAAGUCCAAGGGUCUCGCCCCUGACCUUCCUGAAGAUCUCUACCACCUCAUCAAGAAGGCUGUGGCGGUCAGGAAGCACUUGGAGAGAAACAGAAAGGACAAGGAUGCCAAGUUCCGUCUGAUUCUGAUUGAAAGCAGGAUUCACAGGCUGGCCCGUUACUACAAGACCAAGAGAGUACUGGCCCCCAACUGGAAGUAUGAGUCGCUCUGUCAGCUAAAGGCAUGUUUUAGAGUCUCUUUACUCCAGUUAUGGAUCAAUCUAUUAUUUAAUCAGUUGAUGACUAUCAAUAAUUGUUUAAUCAUUCAGUCCUACAGUUUACUUAAAGAACCUACUUAAAGCAUUAAGAAUAAG